UGUCAUUCUCCGCCUUCAGAUAUGAUGGAAAUGUCAUUCGUUUUCAGACAUUCUAUACUCCCACUUCCAUCUAGUCAUCAUUCACAAAAUGAUGAAAGAUGGCUAUACAACAGAACCAUUCACUGGGGUGGAUGUGAUGACUAAACAGUAUCUACUAGACACGCGUAUGAUCAUCACCGGGUCACUCGAUCCAGAACAUCUUCUAGAAGGACUUCAUAAUCUCAUCAACCAAAAAUGGCCAAUCAUGGGAUCAAGAGUGGCAUCUCUACCGCAAGGGCAAUUUGAAUUCCGCAUACCUACAGUGUUCGAUGAAGAUUGUCCUUCAGUGCUCUUUGAAGCAUAUGAUAUACCAGAACAUAUCGCAUUGUCCGACUGCUUCACCCGAUUGCCAGAUUUCGACUCGAUGAAAUUCAAAACAGAUAAUGACUUAUUGGCUUUCGAAUGGGAUAUGUGGAUAAAACCAGGCGCACAAGAAAAGAUGAUUAGACGGAUACCGCAAUCGAAACUCGCAAAGCAAUGUUCGGCCAAAAAGUAUGGUCCUAUUCGAACUCUGUUUAAACAAUUGGUUGAUAACAAUUCACCCCUUUUGACCGUUUUGGUUUAUCGCUUUCCGAAUUCGAAUGAGACUGUUGUGCGAAUCAUCUUGCCACACUGCAUUUUCGAUGCCAGCAAUAUUGGCGCUCUCUUUCGGGCUUGGUCGGAUAGUGUGAAUGGAAGGCUAGACAAUGUCCCGACUGUUCUUACCUUCUCUCAAGCUCCCGAGUCUAUUCGAAAGAUUGACAAAGCCGACAUUACAAAACGAGGUCCACCAGCGCCUCCAACAGGAUAUCGAUAUGCUGACACGUUCAAAAUUAUAACAAUCUUAUUCAUGCUGGUAUGGCGCUGGUUGAUUCUGCCGAUUCUACGAUUCAAACGACCGUCGAUGAUGCUAAGCUCGAUCAUUUAUGUGCCCGAUGAUAUUUUGCAAGGAUGGCGAAGAGAAGCACAGGCAAAUGCAUCAGCGAAUGGUAAGCCAGCUGACACGUUCCUCUCAGACAAUGAUCUUACUAUUUCGUGGAUUUUGGAAAGAGCUGCAAGGAAGUGUACAAAUGUUCUUGAUGGUAAGCUCAGUCUAGGUCUGGCAUUCAAUAUUCGUACACAGGCACCUGAAUUAGCGGAAAAGCUGGGGAUUGAUCUACAAGGACCUUCACGUUCGAAAGCAUUGGCGAAUGCAAAGUCAAUUUAUCCUCACAAUGGUAUCAUUGCUCUUGAUGGUGGUACAUUUAGUUGGCAAGAUAUAAAGACGUGGCCGAAAUGGGCAUUGGCGUAUAAAAUUCGGGAUGAAGUGACGGAGAUGCGAAAGAAGGAGAAUGCCUCAAAAGCAUCUCAAGUCAUGGCCGGUAUUCAACACAAUCACGUCACUCCAAAGAUGCCUAUGUUGCUACCAAUGGAUCCGAAAUCGCUUUAUUGUCUUACCACAAGCUGGAGGCAAGCAGAUCCAACAUCAGCGAUUGAUUUUUCAGCAGCUGUCUUACCAACGCCAAACCCAAAAACCCCGCCAACACAAUGGGCAGCUUCGAUCAAGCCAGGCAAGGUAUCUGACCUUUCGAUCACUGACGAACAAUCUGGCAAUAAACCACCUUUGUUUAUGACAAUUUUUUCGUUUGUUGUUAGGCCAGGUAAAGGGAUUUUUAUUGGAGUUGCAUGUGAUGGUAAUUUACUCAAAGAUGGUGUUUUUGGACGUUAUAUAGAUUUAAGGAAAGUAUAAUUUUAUUGCAAUUUUGAUCAAAACUUGGAC